CCCUUAUUUAAUUGAUUCAUUUAAAAGAAUAAAAUUACCAAGAAGAGUGUGGGGAAUUCCAAGAAAGGGGUGGUUAGCUGUUUUACUCCAUUCCCUUUUAAAUACCCUGGUUGUUGUUUUUUUCUCUAUCAUGAAACAACAGGAAAUAAUAAAAACACAUCUUACCAUAAUGAUUUAUUUGUUAUAAAUCACAGGACUAGGGAUUCCUCAGAAAAAGAAGAAAAAUAUAAACCGUAAGCAGUAGUCAAAGUUUGUUGAACUCGCCCUUCCACAAAGAGCUUUCCAUAGUCAUCGAGUUGAUCAUUCGACAUGCGUGCGAUUCGUGAGCUGAGCGCUUUGUCAUUAAUAUUCAUAGGGGGAGAGAGAAAGAGAAAGCGCCGGUGAAAAAUAGAAGUGGAUGAAAAUCCUGAACUUAAUUCAUUAGUGAGAACACCAUAUUUCACAAUACGACCUUAGUCCUCUGACAAUCAGUCGUCUGCAGCAGCAAGAGGGAAAGAUAUUACGUUGUUUUUGGCAAGUACACUGCCUUGAGCGUCUGGUCAUCAUUUUUUUGUUUAAUUUAUUGCUUCUCCCAGACAGCUAUGUGUCAGAAAGGAGAGAACUCGAAGACCGAUUCGACCACGAGCGCGACGUACACCUGGGAGGAAGUCAAGAAACAUACCAAGGCCGAUGACAAGUGGUUGGUGAUCGAUGGCGAUGUCUAUGACGUCACUAAAUGGGCCAACCGACAUCCCGGUGGGAGAAGGUUGAUAAGUCAUUACUCGGGUCAAGAUGCAACGGAUGCAUUUGGUGCCUUCCAUCGUGAUCGUGAUUACGUCAAUAAAUAUCUCAAAUUGUAUCGCAUUGGCCGGGUCGACGGGUACAGUAGGAGAAGCGAGCUUGCAAACGACUUCGAGAAUAUGAGAGAACUUACAAAGAAGAUGGAUCUAUACAAGCCAAAUUUCUGGUUCUAUGCGUUCCAGCUCGGCCACAUCCUCGCCCUCGAAAUCCUUGCCUAUGCCACCGUCCGUUUUCUCGGGGCCAACAUCUUUACAUUCAUCCUAGCCGGUCUUCUGAUAGGAACCAGUCAGACACAAGGAGCGUGGCUCAACCACGAUUUCGGCCACCUGUCCGUCUUUAAGUCAACCAAACUUAACUACAUCGUGCAGGUGUUUGUUUUCGAUGGGAUUCAGGGUGCUCCAGCUUCUUGGUGGAAGUAUCGUCAUUACCAGCACCAUGCAAAACCUAAUGUGAUCAACAAGGACCCUGAUAUCAAGAUGGAGAUCUUCUUUGUUGUUGGUGACACGGUACCGAAGGAAGUGGCUAAAGCAAAGACAGGUUUUAUGCCUUACCAGCAUCAGCAUAAAUACUUUCCUUUUCUUUUGCCGAUAUUUUUAAUUCCUGUCUACUACACCGUUGAGUUUUUCCGUUACGUCAUAAAACGAAAGGAAUGGUUGGAACUGACCUUAAUGAUCCUUUUCUUCGUCCGGCAUUUCUACCUCUUCGCGCCGUACUUCGGAUACGUCGGGGCUUUUCUCCUCUUCAUGCUCGCAAGAUCUGUUCAGAGCACGUGGUUUGUGUGGGUGAGUCAAGCAAACCAUAUCCCGAUGGCCGUUGAACACGAUGAAGCAGAGAGACACUGGGUCCAUCUACAGAUGCAUGCAACAUGUAACUUGGAAUCGUCAACCUUCAUUGACUGGUUUACCGGGCAUCUUAAUUAUCAAGUAGAACAUCAUCUUUUCCCAACGAUGCCGAGACACAACCUUCAUAAAAUAAGACCUUAUGUGCAAUCGAUGUGCGAGAAACACAAUAUUCCUUAUAUCAGGAAGCCAUUUUGGACUGCUAUGGCUGAUAUCCUUCGAUCUUUGAAGAAAUCAGGCAAUAUGUGGUACGAGCUGUAUCACAUGCUUGACCCAGCCAAUGACCACUGACGAGCUCUAUCACAUUUUUCUGGGGUGGACUUGACCUUUAAACAUCUGGACCUGCGUUCAUUAUUUUUGCCUAGCAAUUGUCCAGUGGCAAAUACUUGGAACAUCGUGUUCCCCCCAUUGAGACCCAUAUUAUCAUGAUUUUAUACCCCAAAAAAGCAGGUGAUUUUCUUUGCCUUUUUGAAGAAAAAUAAGCAAGUACUCACGAGUAAAAGAAACAUAUAUGGAUAUGUGUAUAUGAUGAAAUUAUGGAAAGCAUUUGUCUCGUUGCAAAAUCAUUUUGUUGAUUUUAUUAAUUUUCAAUUAAAUAUUGGAAAUAAAAUACCUACAUGCUUCUCUGAUCAACAAAUUUUGAUUUGGUUUGGAUUCCCCAUACAUUCAUGUUGAGAGAUUUUUUUACAAAAAAAAUGCAUCGGCACCAAAUAUCUUUCAAUUGUCUAUGUUUAUAUAUAUAUGCAAAGCAAACUUGUUAAAGUCUCGCUAGGGCAAGUAUUAGUAUUAAUUCUUGCUUUUGCUAUCAAGCGAUUCUUAGGUUUGAACCAUGAACAUAGUUGAUGCUGCUUAAUUUGUUUGUUUUAAAAGUAAUAUUAGUAUAUAAUACCUCGUCUAUGCCUUGACAUUUAAAUGAGUCAUGUUUUACUAAUGUAAUUGAACAGGUCUAGGCUACUCAUACAUCUUUAAUGUGUGUAUCAAUGGGUCACUUGUUUUCUAAAAUGUUAAUAAUGGUGAUUGUGUUAGAUAUUCUUUCCUUCUUAAGCUUAAUAAAUACGAUGAGGAAUAAAUUCCCUUCUGUAAAUGGA